AUGGAGCAAUUGAUGGAAAUUGGUGUCGCUGCGUCAAUUAUGGAUGAAGCACUCAGAAAUGCAAAGUCAAUGGCAGCAUUGGAUUCCUACUACCUCGGAUUGAAUUGCGAGUUGCUGCCUGUGGAUCGUAAAAGCAAUGCGUUUAAAUCCAUUUCCCUCGCCCUCAAGAACACCCACGCACGAACUCAUAAUUCCUACUCGCUCCGUCUUGUUGACAUCUAUGAGUGCAAACGUGCUCAGGAAACAGAACGCUAUCUUGAGUUUCUCAAUUCAACUCCAUUGGAAAAUCGAAAACUCCUCUGGCAUGGAUCCAGAUUGACGAAUUGGGCGGGAAUCCUGAAAACAGGGUUGAGAAUCGCCCCUCCAGAAGCUCCAGUAACAGGAUACAUGUUUGGGAAGGGAAUCUAUUUUGCUGAUAUGGUCAGCAAAUCCUCGAAUUAUUGUUUCGCUGAUCAAAAAAAUCCGUAUGGAAUUUUGGUAUUAAGUGAAGUCGCUUUGGGGGAUCCAUACCACAAAUUGAACGCCGAGGAAUCUGCGGCAAAGAAUUGCAAGGAAAAAGGCUGUCACCACACGUGGGGAAUUGGAGGAACACUCCCAGAUCCUUCGUCCCAAGCUUUGCUUCCAAGUCGAUUUGGCGGGUCCCUCAUCCCGCUUCAUACUGGAAAGGGCGUUAGCUCGAAAUCAGUUUUGGAGCAGAUUAAGAUGAGUGGUUCUUCAUCGCUUCUUUAUAAUGAAUAUAUUGUCUAUGAUGAGGCUCAAGUCACUAUGCGAUAUAUCUUAAGAGUUGAAUUUAACUAUAAGUCUUUCAUGGAAGAUGAUCCAUCAUCUUCAUCAUCAUCAGACUCAGACGAUGACUAA